AUGGCAACCGUAGACGAGCCAUCAUCCGCACCAAUGGUCCACACAGCAAAGGUUGCCAGCAUCAAGCCUCUAAGGACAUGGCGCCCUCGGAGGGACAGGGAUCUUCGCGAAAAGGGGGCCGUUUCGGCCGAGUCAAAGGCCGCAGCCCUGGGGAAGACCGAUGAGGGUAUCAUCGACGUCUACCGUGGAAGGGACCCCUCUUUUUUAGCCAGCGGUUUGUUCUUCCUUAGGAAAUUCCAUAAAGACCACUCAGCCAUCGACCUAUACGGCCUGACCCUUGAGAACCACGAAAUCGUGGAACUGGCUCUCAAGAACGCUAAGGCAGAAAGACUCCUCAUUACCAGGGGAUCCGACUCGGCCAUUAAGGCAGUAUACCAGGCGAACCGAGAGGCCAAGGCAAGAGGGACGCCAGGUUACCAACCCGAUCAGGGAAGACUAGAGGAUAAGGCCCCUUUCGGCAGGAGCGACUUAGAAUACCUCCGCCAGUAUUUCUCUGUGACUCCGGCCAAUACUUUCUUCGGUCUAACGACCAAGGAGAGUGCCCGGGUGAGUCGUCCGGAUGACUAUCUAAUGGCCAGGGACGCAUUGGCGGAAGUUAGGCGAGCCCUCGAGGAAGAGGCCGAGGCCUCGGACCCUCCUGAGACCAAAGCGGCUGCAAACAGAACCCCGGGGAUUGCAAGGCCUAUGGUCGAGGGCCGCGGCGAUCCUUUCUUCGGACAUGAGGCCGAGGACGACCUCACAUUGGGAAUCUCCGACGAGGAAUACGAGGGGGUCCUCGGGAUGGUUGAAAAAAGAACCCUCGCCGGGAGCGGCUGUAAGGCCGGAGGGGAAGCUAGUAGGGAGACCCAGCAGGAGCCAAAUGAGGUCACCAUGAACAUGGUCUUGGUGCUACCAUCUGAAUUUUCGGCCCCAAGAGGCCAGACCGACGGCCUCGAUAACGACGUGGCCGAAGAACAGCUUGGUCAAAGGCCGAAAACAAAGGAAGAGUUGUUGGCCGUGGCUUUUAACGAGGUAAUACCCAGAGACGAGCUAAGCAAAUACCGACACCUCAAGCCAUUGUAUAUCUCAGCCCAUGUCGAAGGUGUGCCCAUAUCCAAGGUCUUCGUUGACUGCGGAGCGAUGGUCAACAUCCUUCCCUGUUCGCUAAUGAGGAAGCUGGGCAAAACGAGAGAGGACCUCGUCCCUAGUGACGUGGUCAUAAGCAGCUUUGUCGGCAACAAAUCUAAAACCAUCGGGGUACUGUCGCUAAAAAUCACCGUGGCCGAUCAGACGAGAGUCGCGGCUUUUUACGUGGUCGAAUCCAGCGUAGACUACAAUAUACUACUCGGCCAUGACUGGAUCCAUCAGUCCGGGUGCAUACCGUCCUCCCUCUUCCAACUUUUGUUCUUCUGGGAAGGCCAGAGGGUAUCCAUACACCCGGUCGACGAAAAACCCUUUGAAAACAACGCUGUGCAAGCACGGAUUUACGACGACGACGUCGGAUGGGUUGUCCUCACCGGCCACGAUGCGAGCGGCCGACCAACCAGGACAACGGCCCAGAAAGUGCUGGAGUUAGGCGCCGAGAAUGUUCGACAGGAUUCGGCGCGCGAAGUGUUGAUCGACCUCACCAGCCUUUAA